GCCAUGAAGAAAGUACUUGAAAGUCUCAACCUCAAUAUAGUAGAGAUGGUAGAUGAAAAUGCAACCUUGGAUGGCGGAGACGUCUUAUUUACAGGCAGAGAAUUUUUUGUGGGUCUUUCCAGGCGGACAAAUCAACGUGGUGCAGAAAUUCUGGCUGACACAUUCAAGGACUAUGCUGUCUCCACAGUCCCUGUUCAUGAUUCUUUGCAUCUGAAGAGCUUUUGCAGCAUGGCUGGACCAAACUUGAUUGCAAUUGGAUCAAGUGAAGCUGCACAGAAAGCCCUUAAGACCAUGCAACAGAUGAGUGACCACCGCUACGACAAGCUGACGGUGCCCGAUGAUGCCGCAGCAAACUGCAUCUACUUAAACAUUCCCGGCAAAGGCCACGUCCUGCUGCACCGAGCCCCUGAGGAGUACCCGGAAAGUGCAAAGGUAUUUGAAAAACUGAAGGACCAUAUGCUCAUCCCAAUAGCCAACACAGAACUGGAGAAAGUAGACGGGGCACUCACCUGUUGCUCUGUGCUUAUUAACAAAACUUCGGAAUUAUGAGUUUACAGAGUCCCUCCCUUGUACCUGGCAAUAAUGUUACACACAAGCAAAUUGGGGGUGAAAUAUGGAAAAAAAAAUGAGCUUUUGAUUUUAUUCAGCUUCUUAUACAUUAUAUCAAUGAAGUCAGAGCCAAAUUACUUUGAUAGAAAACGUCAACAUUCACAUGGAACCAUCUGGGGAAAAUAAUGUACUAUUUAAGAUUCUAUAUUUUUGCUUUUAUCAAUAAGGAAGCUGAAAAGAUAAGACCACUUACAGAAUAGUAUUUGUUUAAGUGAUUGUGAACAAAGUAUCAUUGGACCUCAUGUAUUUUCAGGAAAGUUUUAACUGGACGUAUGAUGUAACUUUAUGUAUAGAGUUGCAUGUGAAUCGUGUUAGUCACUGGUUUACAUUGUAUUGUUCUGCAGUGCACAAAUAUGACUACUGAACACAGAAGUGUUACAUUUCAUUAAAAUUAAGAUCUUGUUGCAGUGUAUAGUUCCCCACUUUCUGUGCCAAAAACAUCAAUGCAUUCCAUGAUCUGUUCUAUUAGAGGUUUGCACUUUGAUUUUUUUUUGUGACUCUUGCAGUUUCAAUACUAUAUAUCCCCAUCAUGAAGGAAUAAAGUGUCAGUU